AUAAAUUGGUCGUUAUUCUGGCGUGACGCGUCGACCCGGUGCAACCAAACUCGUCCUUCGGCGGACUUGAGAUUCUAGCUGGGAAACUGGUUGUACUGAUUUUUAUUGAGUACGGCUAGUAUCUCCCUGUCUUCGAGAUUCGAUAAAUCGUCUUCUUCACAGGCAAGCUUAUUUGCAGCUGCAGCUGCUCCAUCUAGCUGCUCUCUGCAUUAUUUUCCUUUUCGAUUUCUAGGGUUUUUGAAGUUCUUGCCCAUGUCUUCCCCUGCCCAUUUCGAAGAUGAAUUUGAUUUUGAAGGUGGAUUAUCCGGAAGGCAUUCAGGUAACAAGAGGUCUUCGCCGGACUAUGACGAUGAAGAUUAUGAUGGCGAUCCCUUUUCAUCUAAAAAGAUUAAAUCUAAAGCUGAAGAAGCUGCUCCUGGCGUAACAACAGGAAUGAUUUUGUCUCUUCGCGAGAGUCUUCAGAACUGUAAGGAUGCGCUUGCAACAUGCCAAAAUGAUCUUGCGGCUGCGAAAUCUGAGAUUCAAAAGUGGCGUUCUUCUUUUGAAAAUGAACCUUUUAUACCUGCUGGGACCACUCCUGAACCCAAAUUGGUGAUUAAUUAUCUUCAGACCUUAAAAUCAUCUGAAGAGUCUGUUAGAGAGCAGCUUGAGAAAGCAAAGAAAAAGGAAGCUGCAUUCAUCGUAACAUUUGCAAAGCGUGAGCAAGAGAUAGCUGAGUUGAAGUCUGCUGUCCGGGAUCUAAGAGCUCAACUCAAGCUGCCAUCAAUGCAGGCGAGAAGGUUGUUGCUAGAUCCUGCUGUUCAUGAAGAGUUCACACGUCUAAAGAAUUUAGUUGAAGAGAAGGACAAAAAGGUUAAGGAAUUGCAAGAUAACAUUGCUGCUGUAAAUUUUACUCCCCAGAGCAAGAUGGGGAAGAUGCUGAUGGCUAAAUGCAGAACUCUGCAGGAGGAAAAUGAGGAAAUCGGGAGUCAAGCUUCUGAGGGAAAGAUGCAUGAAUUAGCUCUGAAACUCGCAUUGCAGAAAUCCCAGAAUGCAGAACUCAGAAAUCAAUUUGAAGGGUUGCAGAAGCAUAUGGACGUGCUGACAAACGACGUGGAGAGAUCUAAUGAAAUGCUUGAUCGCAACGCUGUCUUGACCCAGUAAACGGUAGAAUGGUCCUCGAAGAAGAUCAUUUUGGUGACAUUAUCGUGGCUUAGAAUACAUUAUCCUCCUGCGGGAGCAUUUGGAAGAUGUCUUAAUUAAUUAUUGGGCUCUCUUCUGUGGAAAUUUUGUUCGAUUGCUUUCAAAGUUAUAUUCACUUUUUUUUUUAAUAUUUCAAAUCAUUUAUUGCUUGUCGCAAUAAAUUUAAUUAUUUCAAUUAUUUAUAGUUGUAAUGUUUAUUUUAAUUACAAUACACACGUAUAUUUGACCUUGCAUUUUAAUUAUAUAGAUAAC